AUGUCCCCUCCUGUCCCGUUCAAGAUCGCCGUCCCAGAAGAAAAGCUCCGCCGACUCCGGCAGAAACUCCUCUUGACAGAAUGGCCGGACGAAGUGCCGCUCAAGGAGCCUCGCAGUCGCGGCGCCCCUUUGCAGGAGGUGAAAGGGCUGGUCGACCACUGGCUGCACUCGUUCGACUGGCGCGCGGUCGAGAGCCGACUCAACGAGCUCCCGCAGUUCACCACCGACAUCGAGGUGGACGGGUUCGGCACCUAUAACGUGCAUUUCAUCCAUCAGAAAAGCUCCGUGCCCAACGCCAUCCCGUUGAUCUUUCUGCACGGCUGGCCCGGCAGCUUCAUCGAAGUCACCAAGAUCCUGCCCGAGCUGGUGCAAGGCGGGCGGGACUUUCCCGCCUUUCAUGUCGUCGCUCCCAGCCUGAUCGACUAUGGCUUUUCUCAGGGGAACCUCAAGGAAGGAUUCGGCCUCGCCCAACACGCCGAAGCGUACCAUAAGCUGAUGCAGAGUUUGGGAUAUUCUGAAUAUGUAUCACAAGGCGGCGACAUUGGCAAUUUCCUGACCCGGUUUCUGGCCCUCCAGUACCCCGGGUCCUGCAAAGCCCAGCACACCAACAUGCCGACGCCAAACGCGCCAGACGCCAACAACCCCAAACACGCCGAAGUGAUCGCCGCGAUCGAGGCGGCCGGCGGGCUCAGCGACAAAGACCAAAAGCGGCUCGCCAUGACGCAGGAACACCAGGCCAGCGGGAUGGGAUACGCGAUCGAGCACAUGACGCGGCCCCAGACCAUCGGGUACAGCCUGGCCGAUAGCCCCGUGGGCCAGCUGGCGUGGAUCUACGAGAAACUGGUCGACUGGACGGCCGGGUAUGCGUGGACGGCCGACGAGGUCUUGACCUGGGUGUCCAUCUACCGCUUCUCCCGCGCGGGCCCGGACGCCCCCCAGCGCAUCUACUACGAGAUGGUGCACCUGGAUGCGAACUCGUCCACGCCGACCCCCGUCACCGAGUUGGCCGCCCAGUAUAUCGACGUGCCGCUGGGGACGUCGCGGUUUCAGAAAGACGUGCUCAGCCUGCCCAAGGUCUGGGACGCCACCAUGGGGCCCGUGGUGUUCCAGGCCGAGCAUGACGUGGGCGGCCAUUUCGCCGCCUGGGAGUGUCCGCGCGAACUGGUGUCUGACUUGCGGCGCAUGUUUGCAAGGGAGGGUCCACUCUAUGGCUGUGUUGAUGGCCAGACGGGGUUCCAGGCCGGGUGA